CUACCGACCUCCCGCGUUGGCCUGCGGGCAAUUCAAGCCUGCACCCAACUCCGCACAGCAACAAGCUCAUCCACAUCCUCGGCCUCUGGACCUGCGCGAAGGAGCGUUACCAUCGCCAACGACACUGGCCGCGUGCCCUGGUCCGAACUAUCAUGGCGCGAAAGAGGUGCCCGUACAACACAACAGUCAGCAAACCUCGCCGUCGUCAUUCUGGGUCUCGUCAUGACUGGGGGCGUCGCGACCGUCCUCUACCUUGAAGUCUUCAGCAGCGACAGCAAGACGGCCGUCUACAACCGCGCCUUCGAACGCAUACGAACCGAUCCCAAGUGCAUUGAAGUGUUGGCAGGAAGAGGCAAGGGCGGCGAGAUUGAGGCCUGGGGAGAGAACAGAGUGCGCAACAGUCGCUUUGCAAGGGACACCAUCUCAUCCAAAUCUGAAACUGACCGUAUCGGAACAACACAUAUGCGCAUGCACUUCCAUGUUGGAGGCAGUCUCGCUACAGGCACCGUCAACGUCCACAUGACAAAACGCCGUGAUGACAGCGAUUUCCACUAUCACCAUCUGGCCCUCGACGUUCCCGGCCACGAGCGGAUUUGGCUUGAGAAUGCAGAAGCCUGGAAGCUUGACAAGAGGAGCUCGGGCAAGAUGUUUGGCGUGCGCUGGUGG